GCACACACACAAAUAAAUGGCAGCGAUAAUAAAGUAGAUGACACACGAUUUACGUGGAAACCCCAAAUCGGGGAGAAAACCACGGCCGCUCAACAACGGCUCCCAAACUUCCACUAAUCACCAAGAAUCAAGUGGGUACAACAAGUUCUCCUCUCUAGUAAACACUAGAGGCAUACACAAUCAUCAAGGAGCAACCUUGGAACAACAAGAAUCAACAAUUCACCAUAAAAUGGAGUAAAAACUCCCAAAAAUGCAGGUCUGAAAACGCAGCUAGAAAACAACCUUCCGGGCAUCAAAAUGAGAAUCUGACCGUUGGAUUUGAAGAGGAGUAUGUGAGGAACAACAUACUAAAAUUUGAGCACGAUCCGACUUCGUUUGGCCUUCGAUCUGGAGGUGAAAAAUUGCUGCUGUAGAGAGUGACGGAAAUCUUCUUUUUCUUCCUUUUCCCUGCGUUUUGCUACUGCCACAC